UCCAUUUCUAAACAAUUUUUAUAUUUGCAGAAAAAAACGUUAUAAAGUAAACAGUUUUUUAUCUUUUUUUUUAUCCUCUUCAAUACAUUUUAACGACAACUGUGCUAAAAAGACCUUGACAACGAAAACUAUAUAAAGCGAACACUUAUAAUUGACUGGAAUAUUAACAGAUAAACUUCUAACAACCAAGAUGUUCUACGCACUUUGUAUAUUCAUCGUUGUAGUGCUUGGAUUUAGUGCAGCAGAAGAAAUUCCUCUUUCACCUAUCACCAUCUGUAAACGAAAUUCAAUUAAUUACUCUGACUGUUUAAGAGCUGCGAUACAAGAGACAUGGCCACAAUUUGUUAAAGGGCUUCCAGAAUUCGAUUUUCCACCUUUGGAUCCAAUAAUUUAUAAAUGUGGUAAUGCAGUAUUUGAUAGAGGUGCAAUACACGGAGUAGCAAACGUAUCAAAUUUCAUUGGUGAGGGUAUGUCAAAGACACGUAUUUUGAAUGCAAGAUCGCAUUUUGCCGAUGAAAUUUUUCGCUUGGAAAUUAACGUACAAGUACCAAAAUUAACUGGUUCUGGUGAACUUAAAGCAGAAGGAACUCUAGCAGGAUUCAGAAUAAGUGGCAAAGGGUUCUAUAAUAUAACUGCGGAAGACCUCCAAGGACCAUGGAUUAUAAAAGGCCACGUAGUAAAUGAUACAUGGAUAGUUGAAGAUUUUUAUGCACUUCCUUCGCUUAAAAAAAUGAAGGUCUAUUUUGAUAUAUUCGACGGCAAUAAAGAGUUCAAUGAUCUUGUCGUGAAUUUUGCGAAUGAACAUUGGCCGUCAUUAUAUCGAGUAAUAUUGCCGACAGCAGUCGAAGUAUGGAACCCGUGGUUGUGUGAUUUGGCCAAUAGCUUCUUUUCGAAAGUUUCAUUUACGAAAAUAUUUUCAUAAUACUUAUAUACUUUUUAAGAUAUUUAUUAGAAGAUAGAUUUAGACUUUGCGAAAAAUUGAGUAUACAUUUAAUUGUUCAAAUGCAAAAAUUAGAUCAAAUAAUAAAAAUGUUAGGUUUCAUAAAUUGUAAGUUACUUUUAAGUAAUCAACACAUUGUAAGUUAAUGUAUAAUUGUAUAUCUCGCACGAUUAAAAGAAUCUAUAGUAACAUUAGCAUAAUAAACAUGUAAUAAGAACUCGUACAUAUAUAUGGUUACAUGUUCAAUUAUAAUUACAUAUUGUAUAUCUUAGUAAUAUGCAUAUUUGAAGAAAAACACGCUAUAACAAGUUUUUUAGUCUGCUUUAGUAUUCUUCUAUAUAUAUUGUCACAAAUACAUUAUCAAAAGACCUUGACGACUGCAACUAUAUAAAAUCAACGCUUAUGUACUGGCUGCAUUAUUCAAGAAUAACUUUCCACAACAAGAUGUU